AUGUUUGACCUGGACACGAUUGUUUUCCCCACGGACGUCUCCUACCGCUGGAUUGUCGACAGUCUGCAUGGCAAGAAUAAGCGAUGGGAUGAACUGAACAAGAAAUACGAUAUCACUUCAGCUGUGGCUGAGCCAAUUUCUGGAGCCGGUUUCCUGUCCAAUGUGUUGCGAGUGAAGUUCUUCUUCAGCGGAAAAGAACAAGUUUUCAGUGCAAUUUUGAAAGUACCCACAAUGGCACAAAUUGGGAAGUUCAAGGAGGAAGAAGUAAGUAAAAGAUAUUAUAUUCUUGACGUCAAUGCUAGACAUGGCAAUAAUACAGUAUUGAACUUUUGCAGAUUACAUAUCAACACCUCAAAAUUUUAGCUCUCGCUUUGCAAGGGCAGCCGCGAGAUUCAGCGGCUUUUGCGGUCGAAUGAGCACGCGAAACGUGGAGAGCGGUCAGAGAGAAUUUUUUUACUGUAUCUUUUCCUUGUAAAGAGUUAUUCUGCAUUUGUGAUAAGUUUGAUCAAAAUACUUGAGAUAUACUUCCCCUGUUAGCCUUGCUCGGCCAAGACUUUGAGAUAUCCUAGGCCUCAAGGAAUAACCGAGCGAUCGAGAAGCCAUGGCCACAUAGUAUGUAAAUAUUGUACAGCUAUCAAAAGAAAUAUAAAAGUCGCUUUCGAAGUUUUCAGAGUCGUCAGAGUGUCUAUAUAAAUACAUGCUAACUAGUCAUCAUUUCCAGGAGUUCAAUGCCUUUGAGGAAUCUCUUCUCUGCUUCCACAACCAAGAAAUCGAAUUUUACACCAGCUUCGCCCGUCAUUGUGAUGUUAUCUACUUCCCAAAGAUGUAUGGUUACAUAAAAAGCGAUGGAUCAAAACGGAUCCAUGGAAGGAUUUUGGCAGAAGACGUGGGACAUCUUGGCGUUCUCCCUGAUGUUUUAAAAGGCUUGAACUUGAAAAUGGUAAGUCUAAAUUAUGCAUAAAUACCCUAAAUCUUAGUGUGAAGAAGUGAUAAAAACAUUGGCUAAAUUCCACGCUUUCACUUGUUGCUUCCUCACCACGGACCUCAUUCUACGCAUGCAGCAGCUGAAUGACAAACAAUGCGAGUACAAGGUCCGCGAGUAUCUCUUCGAAUUGGAUCCCUUCUUCGAAGAGCAUCGCGAGGAGAUUCUCCAAAUCUCGGAAGCUCAUCAAUGGCCGGUGGCGAAUGCCCAUUUCAAGUUCGGCGUGCCGCCAAUGAUGGCGCACGGCGAUUGCUGGGCCAACAACAUGUUCUUUGAGAAGAAUGUGGAUGGCUCUUGUGGCGAGAAACUCUUUACUUUGUUCGAUUGGCAAGUCUCAAAAAUUGGGACAGGCUUGUGCGAUCUGUCGAGAUUUUUGGCGACUUCAGCUAGUUACGAAGUCAUUGAGGAGCAUCUGGAGCACUUAUUGAAGCUGUAUUAUAAGACUAUGGAGGAGAGUAUGAACAAAAAAGGGAGAAAAGUUCCUUAUGACUAUGAAAAGGUGAGGAUGUUUCCUAAAAUCUCAUAUUUUCUUGCAUUUUUAGUGCAAAGCCAUGUUCCGUUACGAAUUCCCGAAUGAGUUCCUCUUCUGUGCGCUAGUACUACCAUUGCUGGUCAAUAAAACAGACGAUGAGAAGAUUAGAAAAGGGGUGUUGAGAAGGAUGAAAGCCGCCUUUUUCUAUGCCAGAGAUUGUGCCAAAGAAAUUGGAACGUUGUAA